AUGGCGACCUCGUGGAACAUAACUCUGAAUGAUACGAGUCCAGUAUUCACGUAUUAUCCUUACUAUGAUGGUUUCGGAACGGGAAAUGGGUGGCAAAUCUGGUACUCGGAGACUGGAUACAACACGGUCUUCGCGAAUCCAGGAGUUGGCAUAUCAGCACAUAUCACCUCGAUGCCAGGUGCUAAUGUUACCUUAUCAUUUUAUGGCACGGGGAUAGAGCUUCAUGGAGCCGCAAAUUGCACGUUCGAUAUCGCAGUAGACGGAAUUUUCUCCUCAUCCCUCAGCUCCUCCAGUGAUGUCCUCUACUCUAAGCAAACACUAUCGGAAGGAGCCCACUCGCUCACUCUAACUGCCCACCCGACUGCAGGGCAGCAACUCGCAUUUGAGAAUGCUGUAAUCUAUAUUGAACAAGCAGCCCCCCAAAUGGUAUCAUAUAGUAAUACGAACACCACGUUUCUCAACUAUACCGGGAACUGGUCUGUUGGCACAGAUACACAUGUCCCUGGAAGCUUCUUCCAUUUUACGGAAACCACGAGUUCAAGUGUGUCUACCACAUUCGGAGGGUCAUCGGCGGUGGUCGUACAAGGUAUUGUAAACUGGGGCAAUUGGCAAUACACAGUGUCUCUAAACGGUACCCAGUCUGUGCUCAAUGCAAGCAGCUUCUGGUUCAUUCCGGAUACUACCUUGUUCUAUGAAGGAAGCCUAGAUCCAACACAAAUAUAUGUUUUAAAUAUUGCCGAUACGAGUGAAGACGGCAACAAACUUGCCAUAAACUCCGUGAAACUAUACCAGCCCCAACCGACCACACUGCCAUCGUCAUCGAAGCCCUCAAACCUAGCUGAAAUAGCUGGCGCCAUCGCAGGAGUGGUCGCCGUGCUUGCCUUAGUCGUCGUUGGUUUCCUCUUUUGGCGACGCUCACGGCACCUUAAAAGAGCAAUUUCAAGACAAUAUUCCGACUUGCUAGCAAACGAAAUCGUUCCCGAGGCUCAUGCUGCGCAGUUCCCCGCACUCGCCACGCCAUACACUAUUUCUAGCACCACUGCUAAUAUUCGUCCGCAAAAAUUCCCAUUGAUACCUAUCGGCAGAAGCAUCGAUAUCGAUGAUUCGCUGCGUAAAGGAGCAAUUGCACGUGGUCCUGGGUCCGCCACAAGCUCUCUAGGCCCAUACAGCGAAGCCAGAAAUAAUACGAGUGGUUCUCUGUCUUCUAGUGCGCGUGGUUGGCAACGCCCUUUGCCUACUCCACCUGGCAGCAUUUCUUCUCCUGCACUUUCCGUGCAGGAGCUCCACAAUUCUCCGAGGUCAUCAAGGCUGGUGCAGCCUGGACAGAUACCAGACACAGAAGUGGAUAGAAUACUGGAAAUUAUAGCCUCGCGUAUAGACAUGCCCGAAAGAAACCUAUCUUCUCCUCCACCCCAGUACCGAAGCUGA